UCAACGUCCAAUUUUCUUACAACAAAUUAGUCGUAACUUUAUUUUGGAGCGUUAAAAACAUUAUAGACUGACAUGUGUUCAUGUGUUCAUGUCAGCAGCUGUGUGUAACAUAAAGAAACGAUUCAUCUGUGGAUCAUUUGUGGAUAAAAACCACAAAAAGGCGUCUUUUUUCCUAAGUGAAAGUGAACCACGAUGAGGCAUUCAGGCACAGUCAGGGAUUUUCCUGUGAAAACUCUCUGAGGUCAGCAACAUACUAACAAAGAAACCAAGUAAAGCCCUGAACCUGUGUUUUCAUAUUGGUGUGUGUGUGUGUGUGUGUGUGUGUGUGCCAGUAAAACCACUUCAUCUGUGGACUCCCUGUGAAUCAAGUGUUGUCUAAAUGAAAAACACUGUGUAACUGAAUUCUUUCACGUCAGAAAUGAUGUUUCACUUCUGACGAAUGAAAACAGCACAAAUGUAUAAAUGUAUAAAUCUAUACAGUAAAUGCUGGAGGUGAAGAUUAAAUUUAAAUGUAGUUUCAAAAGAGGAAACAAAUAUACUUAUAUAUAUCCGUAUAUACAUAUAUGUAUGUGUAUAUACACAGGUCAGAAAUCAACGUAUUUGUUUGACCUUUGUCUUUAAGUCUCUUGUGAACUUCACUGAUCAUCUUCCUCAUCAUCGUUUGUGUUUCCAGGAUGUUCUUCCACGUCACUGUCAGUCAGCCUUUAACACCGAGGGUGUUGACCGUGAAGAAGAACAGAGAACACACACACACAGAGAGAGAGAGAGAGAGAGAGACUACAGAGACGACAGCAGCUGAACAUGACUCCCUUGCCGCUCCUGACCGUGGCUCUGCUGGCCGGCUUGGUGUCGCUCACAAACUCGGCCGACGCUCCGCUCCUGACCUUCAGACUGAACGACCCGGUGAACGGCCGAGUGCUGGAGUGCGACCGCUGCCCCCCCGGGACGCACCUGCGGGCGCGCUGCACGCCCACGCGCAGGAGCGUGUGCGUGCAGUGUCCGACGGGCUCAUUCACAGAGCGGUGGAACCACAUCGACAGGUGUCUGCGCUGCGGCGUGUGUGCACAGAACCAGGUGGUGCGACAGGAAUGUAACGCCACCAACAACUGUCUGUGUGAAUGUAAACAAGGGUUCUACUACGUCACAGACAUGGACAUGUGUCUGCAGCACAGGGACUGUCCACCAGGAGAGGGCGCCCUCACUGCAGGAACUCCUGACAAAGACACAGAGUGUCACGUCUGUCCGGACGGAACCUUCUCCGACGUCUUCUCCGCUCACCUGAACUGCUCACAACACAAGGGCUGCGACGCCGCGGGGCUGUCGCUGCUGCUCGCCGGCGCCACCUGGCACGACAGCGUGUGUGUGCGCUGUGGAGAGCUCGCAGACGAAGCCGUCUACCUCAGAGAAAUCCUGCCCGCCUUCUUCCUGCACCACAGAGCGACGGGCAGGCGUCUGCGUCGGAUCGUGAACCACCUGCCGUCUGAGGACGGAAGGAAACAGGGCGGAGCCUCGGGGCUGAGCGAGUCGGAACUCCAGGCCCAGUUGAACGCCUGGAUCGACUCCGCCGCGGCGCCACGGCUCCAGAAGCUUCCAGAGAUUGUGAAGAAAGCGGGAAUGAUCGGCGCCGGAGAACGUCUGCAGAUCAAGUUCAGUAGAACUGACAAGAACCUGAGGAAGGUUUGUGGCAUCGGGAACGACAUUGUACCGUCGGAUUAAGACGAGCCGGACUUUCAGACGCACUUUCAGCGCCUUCAAAUGGACCUGGUGAACUUGUGUUUCCGAAGUUUUGAUCUUCUCGUAUAAAAAGUACUUUCUCGCGUGGCGUUAUUCGCUGACUUUCGAGUCUCAGCUCCGCCCUCUCUGCGUUUGCACAUACGAAUGCGAACGUUCCUCUGGAUGAAUCGCAGCGCUGAAUUUGACUUUUUCGACGUGUUUAAUUAUUCGUUGAAAUUCACAGAUUUCCGUUGACUUUGCUUGGAAUGCGUCGCAGUUGAUGUGAAAGUCACAUGAUGUUAAAAGUCCCUUGGUUUCUAUGGUAACCACGCUUAUCUCCUGCCGCUCCAUUCACGUGUCGCCUAGGUCGCCAUCUACUGGAGGAAAAAUAGAUGUGAAUAAAAAUCUUAACUUCUCUGAACAUAUGAACAUAUGAACAUAUCUUCUAAUAUCAUAAUACGAGUGUAUGGAAGUCCAAACGUGUCAAAUUGAAAGAGAUUGUGUUUAUUUUAACAUUUACUGUGUAUAUUUGUUUUAUUACAUUUAGUUUUAUUUAUUACUUUGCAGAGUAUCUUUGUCUAUUUUUGCAAAUUUUUACUGAACACAGUUUUUUUUAUUUUUCGUAAAAAAAGAAACAUAUGCGACAAAUUUAAUCCGAACAGAACGAGUCAUUUCUGACAUUUUUAAAUAACUCUGUACGACUUAAAACGGUAACAUUCUAACGUUCGACGCAGGCGGGUACUUUACUUUGGUCGUGAGAAGGUUUUAAAAACCUCAAAUACGUUAAGAUCUGCUAACAAAACACACGGUCACCAUGACAACAUAUGUGAUGUGAUAUGUGUGAGUGCGUGUGUGUGUGUGUGUAUGUGUGUGUGUGAGUGUGUGUCUGUCACUCACACACACUCACUCACUCACUCACUCACUCACACACACACACACACACACACACACACACACAUGUGGUUAACCAGUGUAACAAAGUGUUCCAGAGUUUUUGUUGUUGUCAAACUGAGGAUUUUAAAGUUUCAGUAACAUAAACCAGCGUCUGAAGGUCAAAGGUCUUUGUCCUGUUGACAUGUGGGAGUGUUGACAUUUCAAGUCACUCACAGUGAGACUCACUCAGUCGUUCUCUCAGUUCAAGGUUUGCAGCAAAAAGUUUAUUGUUACACAACUAAAAGUCUUUGCAAUGACUCACUUCAUAACGUUUGGUUUCAAAUGUGACUCCACCCACAUGGUGAUGAAGCUUCAUCAGUCGCGCUCCUCCACGUUAAUCAUUCACCUGCGCUCAGUUUCAUGUUUGAUGGGAUGUAAAAGAAAGAAAGACCUUUCACUAUGAAAGCUGCAGGUCCUGUAAGACACAGGCUGGGUUUGUGAGCGCUCCCCCUUCAGGCCAACACAAGCAUCACAUCAGCUGCAGGAAACAAGUCCAGUGAAGUGACACGAUACUGCACCACAGCCCGUGUGUGACUUCAGGGUCUGGAUCUUUUACAAGGUCCUGGAAAACAUCCAAGAGGAAUCCUGACCUCUUCAUCCUUCUGUCAAACGUGGACUGACGUCAUUUCAGACAUUUUCUGGAACCUCUCUUGUCAGACUUCCAGUCAAAUGUCCAAAACUGGAGGUUGAGUGAGGAACAGCAGAACACUCGCACAGAACAUCUGAAGGUUCAGGAACAUCUUCACACUGACGCUGACCGCCUGCUUCCUGGUUGACAGUUAAGGGGAAUGUUAAGGGAAACUGUGUCUGACAUUAAUAAAACAUUUAAUGUUUUUGA